AUGGAAAAGGAGUAUUUGAGCUCUGACACAACAUGUCAAGCUGAUGAGAAUGAAGAUGUAAAACAAGAGUGGUUCACACCAGAGUUUCUAAAUGACAUCAAAUGUUCGGGACUCCUCAAUCACAAGUUGACUUUGAAGCAAAGAGUCGCUGUAAUGCUACUGCGAAACAUAGACCAGACUUCAGGUUUAUGCAACGGGACAAGAUUAAUAGUUAACAAACUUAGCAGCAACGUAAUUGGAGCGGCGGUAGUGGCCGGUAGAAAUAUUGGAGAUAAAGUGUACAUUCCAAGAAUGAACUUGAUCCCUUCAGAUUCAGGAUUGCCAUUUAAGUUCCAACGGAGACAAUUUUCAUUAACAGUAUGCUUUGCAAUGACCAUUAACAUGAGUCAUGGUCAAUCAUUAUCACAUGUACGGUUUUAUUUGCCAAAAUCAAUGUUCAAAGAGGUUUCUAAUAAUAUUUAG